AUGAACAACAGUUGUUCAAAUGGUUCACGACAUUGUAUAAGAAUUUGGACUGUUGCCAUAACUAAUUUACGUUCAUGGAAGCAAGCAGAAAUUGUUCGUAUCGAUAAUGAAUAUUCAAAUUGUAGACUUCAGAAACGCGCACUAACUAAAACGCUGAAGGUUGUCUUCAGUAGUGUGUGCAUUCUCGUGAAAUAUGUCAACUUGAAUCAAUUUGCUGCAAAGCCAGGCUCUAAAGUGUUUUUGUGUGUACUUACGGACAAAUUAUGGCCUGUCCUUCAUUGA